AUUGUCGUGUUGCCGCGCCAAACCCUAACCCUAGAGGGCUUGCCGUCGUCGACUCUGCUGCCAUGGCCAAGAAGCGAAAGCUCACGCCUUCCUCUGCCGUCAAAGCGCCCGCGCCCGUCGUAGAACCCAAGGAGGAGCCCGUCCAAGAAGAGUCCGGCCCGGAUGUCCCGAUCGAUGAGUCCCAGGAGGAACAAACCCCGACCGGAGCCGAUGCGAACCCUCCGGUCCAUGAGAACGCCCAAUCCGACGCGGCCUCUGAAGACCUUGGUGGCGCCUCCGCCGGGGGCGUCGGUGUCGGCAACGACGCGGAGGAGGUGGUGGAGAACGAUCCGACCUCGAUCCAGAAGCUCCUCGAGCCAUUCCCCAGGGACCACCUGAUCGAGCUCCUUCGCGACGCCGCUGUGAGGCACCCGGACGUGCUGGCGGAGAUCCACCGCAUCGCCGACCUGGACCCUGCCCACCGCAAGAUUUUCGUCCAUGGCCUCGGUUGGGACACCAACGCAGAGACGCUCACCGCCGCCUUUCGCCAAUAUGGCGAGAUCGAGGACUGCAACGCGGUCAUGGACAAGGCGACCGGCAAGUCCAAGGGUUAUGGCUUCAUCCUCUUUAAGCACCGUGCCGGCGCCCGCCACGCCCUCGAGCAGCCUCAGAAGAAGAUCGGCAACCGCGUGACCGCGUGCCAGCUCGCGUCCGCUGGUCCUGUGCCACCACCAGCACCGCCGGUGUCGGAGUACACCCAGAGGAAGAUUUUUGUCAGCAACGUUGGGGCGGAGAUCGAUCCCCAGAAGCUGUUACAGUUCUUUGCCAAGUUUGGGGAGAUCGAGGAGGGGCCACUAGGGUUGGAUAAGCUGACCGGGAAGCCCAAGGGGUUUGCUUUAUUUGUUUACAAGACGAUUGAGAGUGCAAAGAAAGCAUUGGAGGAGCCCCACAAGAAUUUCGAUGGUCACAUUCUGCAUUGCCAGAAGGCAAUCGAUGGACCGAAGCCAAACAAGCUGGGGUUCCAGUUUCAGGCUACAGCGGCUCACCAUGGUAGCUUGCAUCAGGUUGCUGGUGGACUGCUUGGUUCACACUUUUCGAGGACUGACAAGCCCGGGUAUUUGGGAGGUGUCGGGAGUCAUCUGUCUAGUGCCUCAGGUGCUGGGCACCUGAUGGCCCCUUCAGCGAGUGGAUUGGGUUUCAACCAGGCUUCUCAACCAGCUGCUGCUGCAGUGGCUGCAGCAGCAGGGUUGAAUCCUGCAUUGGGGCAGGCUCUGACUGCAUUCCUUGCGACUCAAGGAGCUGGUUUGGGCUUGACGAACCUUGUGGCAGGAUCAGUCGUGAACCAGGGAGUUCCUGGAUCAUUGGCAAACAGCUCUGGGCAUGGAUUGAACAGUGGUUAUGGUGGUGGCCUUGGGGGAAACAUGAAUACGGGGGUGAUCGGAGGAUAUGGCUCACAGUCACAUACGCAGGGUGGAUAUGGGAAUGCUUCGAUUGGACAGGGAGGCGCUGGAAGGAACCAAACAGGAUUUGGGCAAAUGGGUGGCCUAGGCCCUUACCUGGGUCGUUAGUUAAGUGCAGAUCCUUUGUAGGUGCAUAAAUCUAUUUUGUUCUGGGCAGAUGAUCCUUCUGGAGUUCCUGCUUCUGCGCUCAAUGAAAUGCAUCUUUUCUGUAGUUUGCAAUGAAUUUUAAACUCAAGUUUUUGGAACCACCUUGUGAUACUUAAAUUUCUUUUAUCCUUUCCACUUAUGCAAUAUUUUGAGCUACUAUAUUUCCUUCUUAAAGCCCUAUAAAUGACUUGUUGCUAAAUUGUAAAAGAACCUUGCUGAUUUAAAGAUUAUUGACCUUUCUAGUUUAUUAAA